AUCAGCCUUAUUGUCGUCAUGUUUUCUUAUAGUUUAAGUAUACAAUUUAAUCGCCGAUAGGUCAUUUUUACAAGCAUUUAUUUAUUAUAAUUAUGAGUAAAUAAGACUCCUAAUAUAUGAGUUAUAAUGGAUCCAACUAAUCGAGCACGAGGAGCUGAUUUAGACGUAGAUAGUUUUAGGAGUGAUGAGCCAGGCUACGACAGAGCUCGAAUGCGAAGACAAUCUGGUGGAUUCGUAGAUUUGGGAAAUGAAUCACAAUAUGGUACAGGCGGACAUCAAGCUUCAAGUGCCAAUGAAAUUUUUGCAGACGUACAGGGUGAUGUGCCUUGGUGGAAAUCAAAUUUUUUCAUAUCACAGCCAGUUCUCUUCGGAACAUGGGAUGGAGUGUUUACAUCAUGUCUUAUAAAUAUUUUCGGAGUCAUUGUAUUUUUGCGAUCAGGUUGGAUGGUUGGACAGGCUGGCUUGGUGAAUGCCAUACUCAUAGUUUUGUUUACAGUAUUUGUAGCUCUGAUCUCGGUGUUAUCUGCUGUGGGGAUAUGUGAACGGUGUAGAAUAGAAAGUGGUGGAGUGUAUUUUAUACUUGCUCAUACAUUGGGCUCUAGACUUGGGGGAGCAUUAGGAAUGGUGUAUUGUUUUGGCCAGGCUGUGGGAUGUGCUUUAAAUGUUUUUGGAUUUGGUGAAUCAAUGGCAGAUCUUGUUGGCACUGACAAUACUUGGGCAGCGCGUGGUUUUGCUGUUGCGGCUGUACUUUUGCUAGGCACAAUUAAUAUUGCAGGGGUAAAGUGGGUGAUAAAACUUCAAUUUCUUCUACUUUUAAUAAUUUUGGUGGCUGCUGUGGACUUCUUUGUCGGAUCAUUUACAUCUGUACCCGAUGUUGAGUUUAAGGGAUGGCUCAGUGGCACAAUGGCUAAUAAUACUUGGGCAAACUAUCAAGAUAAUUAUACCUGGUUUAAAUGCUUCGGUGUUUUCUUUCCAACCAUUACUGGUAUUCUAGCUGGUAUCAAUAUGAGUGGAGAUUUGAAAAAUCCAUCCGUUAAUAUUCCAAAUGGCUCCUUAGCCGCUAUAGGGACAGGAACAUUCCUAUAUUUAAUGUUUAUAAUAACAUUAGCAGCAACAGUCACUCGAGAUGCUCUGUUGAAAAACUUCUCUAUAACAGCAGAUAUCUCUGCAGUAACAAUUUUGCUACUAGCUGGAUUGUAUGUCAGUUCUAUGAGUUCCUGUCUUGGCGCUAUGUAUGGAACACCAAGAGUUUUACAAAGUAUCGCUAACGAGAAGGUUAUACCCGGUCUUGAGGUUCUUGGGCAUGGGAGAGGUCCCAACAAAGUUCCUAUUUAUUCAAUGGUUGUAGUAGCCGUAGUCACCGUAACAUUUAUCAUCAUCGGAGAUAUAAACAAGCUUGCACCAAUCGUCACUAUGCCUUUUCUUAUAACAUACGCUAGCAUAGAUUAUUCUUAUUUUGCUCUCGCCCAAACAUUUGAUUUGCAACAUAAACGAGAAAUGAGAUUCCAGGGACAAUCGCAUAGAGACAUGCAGGUGUACGGGGCAACUGGUAGUGAUUUGGAUCUUUUAUUUCCGGAAAGAAUAAGACAUAAAAAUGUUGGGGAUUUUACUCCCUCUCCAACUGAUUCGGCAAUAAUGAACGGGCGUAUGUCAAAUGGCGAAGUAAGGCGGCCAAGUGUGAAUGUACAUUCGAAAAAUAAAAAUUGGUAUUCACAUCUUUGUAAUAGAUGGUUGUCGCUAUUGGGGGUAGCAAUUAAAUUGUUAUUAAUGGUAUUAGUUCAUUGGAUGUACGCUCUUGGAUGUUUGUCUAUCUUAUGGUUGAUAUGGCUAUACAUUGGAGCCGCGAACCCAGCUGUGAAGCCCGGUAGGGCUUCUGAAUUCCGAUUUUUCCAUUGGCUUAAAAUUGCAUUCCUACAAGCUAUUGGUAAGCGACCAUUGGAAUAUGAACAAUUAGUGGUGACACCAGUACACGGAGACAUUGCUGUUGAACAAGAGAGGUUAAACGAUGACAACGAAGACUUUGCAUCGAGAAGACGCUACCAUCAGUCCACAGCACUACAGAGUCACCUCGUCAGUGUAGACACAUAAAA